UGAUAACUCACAGGCUUUGAGCUGCCCUUAUAAAGUUGUUCCACUUCUGCAUACUUCCUCAUACUGCUAGUUUCUCGGUGAAGAUGAAGCUCCUCAUUUACAUAGUCUUGCUGAAGUCAACUCUCCUUGCUUUGACAAAUGUUUUUGCAGUUAUUUUAGAAGAAGAAGAGAAUGCUAAAGAAGCAAAACUUACUGAGACUUGUCCCAUAAAACUGAAAACUAAUCGGAAAUGUGAUGAAGGAGAGGAUUGUCCUUAUCAGAUAAAUUUGCCUCCGAUGACCAUCCAGAUACCCAAAGAAUUCAAACUGCUUGAGAAGACUCUCAAAGAAGUACAGACCCUUAAAGAAUCAGUAAACAAGCUGAAAAAAUGCUGCCAAGAUUGCAAGCUGCAAGCAGAUGACAACCAGGAAAGAGACAGAAGUAAUGAAUUCCUGCUACCCAACACUGCAGAAAACAGUGAAAGCCAAGAUAACAGAGUACAGGAACUGCAAAGCAAAGUUAACAGAAUGGCAACCAGCUUAAAAAAUGCAAAGAGCCAGAUUCAGACACUGCAGGGUCGUUUAGAGAAGCUGAGCCUCAUAAACAUGAACAAUGUGGAACAUUAUGUAGACAGCAAAGUUGCAAAUUUGACAUUUGCUGUGAACAACCUGGAUAACAAAUGUUCUUCUAAGUGCCCAGCAAUGCAAGCAAGACCUGUUAUACAAAUAAUGCAGAGAGACUGUGCUGACCAUUACACAGCAGGGAGAAGGAGUAAUGGAAUCUACAGGAUUAGCCCUGAUCCCAGAAACGAGAGCUUUGAAGUUUUCUGUGACAUGCAAACACAAGGAGGCGGCUGGACAGUGCUGCAACGGCGUCAGGAUGGCAGCACCAACUUCAACAGAACCUGGAAUGACUACAAACAUGGCUUUGGAAACCUCAGCAGGGAGUUCUGGCUAGGCAAUGACAAAAUUCACCUCCUGACAAGGAGCCAGGAAAUGCAACUGAGAAUUGAUCUGGAAGAUUUCAAUGGGAUCAGAGAAUAUGCCAAAUACGACCACUUCUAUGUGGCCAACGAGUACCUCAAGUACCGUCUCAGCGUCCACGGCUACAGCGGCACAGCAGGAGAUGCCCUCCACUACAGUAGGCACUACAACCACGACCAAAAGUUCUUUACAACCCCAGACAAGGACAAUGACAGGUAUCCCUCGGGAAACUGUGGUGCCUACUACAGCUCUGGCUGGUGGUUUGAUGCCUGCUUGUCAGCCAAUCUCAACGGCAAGUACUACCACAAGAAAUACAAAGGGGUUCGCAAUGGCAUUUUCUGGGGUACGUGGCAUGGAAUUUCGGAUGAUAUUCCCACUGGAUAUAGGCAAUCCUUUAAAUCAGUAAAGAUCAUGAUCAGACCCAAAAGUUUUGUGCAGUAAUUCUACACAUUUCUCUUAACUAGUUUGCAUUGGAUUGCACUCAAAAUCGUACUUACUCAGUAUUAUACUCAGAAAUCAAGUAUUCAGUUAUGUUUGGCAAAAGAUUGUUCUAGACAAAACAACAUACUUCCACAUAAUAUUUUUAGAGAUGGUUUGACCCAUAUAAUGUUUUAAAACCAGCAUUAAAAUAUGUGAAUACUUAUUGCUAAAACUUAACACCAGUUAGGUCUUGGUUUUGUUAUGUAAAUAUUCUAAACAUUGCUUUUGGUGCUUUUACUGACUGUGAUAUACCACAUUUUAUGAUUUAAAACUUUUAUAUUGUCUUCCACAAGUUGUGUCUGAAUGAAUACUUACAUUUUAACCUGAAAAUAAUUCAGAGGUGUAACUAAUAUAAAUUUGUCAACACUUGGAAAAAAACCUAGUUUCUCUAAAACAGUCUUUUUCCAUCAUCUAUCCUUCAUAACUUCAAAUGUAUACGACAACAAUAUCAGUAUAAAUUAGGAAAUGUACCAAAAAUUAUUAUUUUUAAAGAACUAGAAAACAGUGAGCCACAUGGUUUACCCAAAGCCACAAAAAAAGGCCUUGAAGAAAACAGAAAAUGAAGAUGAUUCCUCAAAUUUCAUCCUGUUAUCAAAGAUUUUUCAAAGAAGUUGUUAGAAGAAUUGAAUAAAAGCGGAGGAAAUAUUUAUAAAACCAUAGAAUCAUUUAGUUUGGAAAUCUAAAGAUCAUUGAGUCCAACUGUUAACACAGAGCUGCCAAGUCCACACUAAGCCAUGUUCCUAGGUGUCACACCUACACAUGGAGAGAGCAUGUAUUGAACAACAUUCUUCUCUUUUGCAGGAGAAAGGAGCCAUUAUGUAGCUUAUUGCACAUUUAUGCAGGCAGGUAGACAGGUAGGAGGAAGACACAUCAAUAAGAAUCCAUGUUCUUUGCAUUAAUACCUCUAAAUACAUACAAAUAGUUUCCAGUGCCAUUUUGCUUUCUCCUGAAUCCUUUAGGUAUGUCAAAUGUUACAAGAUGGUCUUGUAGAAACUCAAGCUCUCAUUCAAAUACUUCUCAAUCUAGAUAUCAUUAGACUCCAAAACAAAAAAAGACAUUAUAAAUGUUUUGUAACAUGAGAAAAGACUGUUAGACUACAUGUUUUGUAGCCACAGAAACAUAAAAGCAUACUGUUGGUUCUAAACAAGAAAGAGAAUAUAAGAGUAAAGAUUUUUUUUCUAAAAUAUAAAAAAAUCAAAUUGUCAAAUAGUGCAGGAAUUUCCAAUUAGAGAUACUGUUAUUAAAUCUCUCAUUGUAGAUAGUGAGUACAAAUUUGGCUGCACAUAUUUAGACCAUGUCUCUAUAAAGAUAGUGACCAACACUGAGUGGAGAUGCAACUUAUCUUAGCAAGAGGCUAUUUUACUAUCUUGCUUACACCAAUCCUGAGAUGCAGACAAACUACACUAAGACUCUCUUUCUUUAUCAACUAAGUGUGGUCAUUGUCGGCAUAGCUUUUUUGAUUAAAGGAGACAUUAAAGAAAAGAAUACAAGUAUACAUCUGACCUAAUACUUUAUAAAUAUGAUUGCUACUGUUUUUUUAAGAUUACAACAAAACUAUUAUGGUUAUAAGUAACACAAAUGAAGAACACUGGCAAUAGCUAAAUUGUAAAAUAUUAAUAUAUAUUUUAAAGAAGUAAAUACUUUGAAGGAUAGUUCAAAUGUAAUUUGGUUUAUUAUAUUUCAAUUUUAAAGAGUAAUGAAAAGUUUUAACUGCAAGAUGUAUAAUCUUUGCUUGAGAAUGUGUUUUAAACUAUAGAAUAUUUAUUUUGGGAUAAAAAAUAGUUGUCUAAACAAAACAGAAAAAGCAACUGUUGAAGUAUCAGUUAGAAGAGUAAAUAUCUAAUUGCAUAUGAUUACAUUUAAUCAUUUUGCAUGAAAUGCACAAUUUGUUCCAAUUCAUUAUAUGAUAACUAGCUAAGUGUGACUUAUGGUAUCUACAAGAUUCCACUUGAAAAUGCCUUUUUCUACUAAGUUGUAAGAAGAGAAACUGUCCUUUUAAAAUCUUGUUUUAAGGAAACUUUGUAAAACACAGAAAUGUUAACAGAAUACGUAAACAUGACUAAAAUCACCAGCAAAAGCUUUGUCUCAUGUCUUUAAAAAGAAAAAGAAAAAAAGAAAAGAAAAGUGUAAUGCUGUUACAGAAAUCUGAUUAUUACCUGCCUGGAACUGUUGUAGCUGAAUUUCUGUCAAUGUGCACUAGUUUUACAAAGUGUAACUCCAUCUACUUGUUGCAAAUAUUGUUUUUGCUUGGUGUAAUAAAAUAAGAAUGUCCCACUGUUAAAGCUGUACUACUGUUAUAGAUGUACAUAAGGACUAUUAAAAAUUCUCAUAAAUAA